GGCGAAAACAAGACGCCAACAACACACGGAACAGGCUCCCAAGCAAAAUCAUAAAUUGAAACACUGGCCCUCACCAUCUAAUGCUUAGCUCCCCAUAAAUAAGAUUCAGAGCAACAGCACAAGAUCAAAGAUGCCCGCGCCCAGCCCGCUCGCCAUCGCGAGCCAGUCCGUCUCGCGCCUGGUCAAGGAGGAGGCCUACUACCGCAAGGAGCUCGAAGGCCAGAACAAGAAGGUGGAGGAGGAGCGGGCCAAGCUGUCGGCCGACGCGACCUACAAUGAUAACUUUAUGCUGAAGCAGCUUGAGACGGGCGCUAGGGAGACCGAGGCCGUCUUCGGCCCGCUUCUGACAAAAGUCGAGGACGCCGUGGCCAAGCUCGAGGAGCAGAUGGCCAUCAGCGAGAGCGACGGCGGCGCCCCGGACGCGGAGCUCCAGAAGGCGCGCGAGGCCCUCGCGGCCGGCAAGGCGCUGCAGCAGAAGGGGGCCGCAGGCGAGGCCGCAGCUGCGAGCUAGACUGGGCGGGGUGCGCUACUUGAGGAAGGUCUGGUGCUGCCUUGGUCGGCGUCGAGGGUAGGCCUUGUUGGGCCAAUUGGCAGAACGAGCCGGAAGGCAGACUGCAAGCGGCUUUGGUGAGCAGAGCAGAGGCGCGCGCGUGUUCUGGUCUAAGAUGUUGUGUGAAAAAGGCGUGACCAGAGGGAAAAUGCGGUUACACCACGGCAGCACUAGGACGAAUUUGCAUAGCUGACACCCCACGCUAUUCCUGCAUGCCAGUUACUCUUUGAUCGUGGUAAGACUGUGGAUCCGCCAGAUAGUUCACCGGAGGGUAUAAUUAAUCAUUUAGAUGCUUCGCGACUGGGUAAACAUCUAGGCGGAGGUCCUGGACGUGGUCGCACUCUUC